AUGCUUUCCACCGGUGAACGUCCUCAGUUACCGAUGAUACCAUCCGUUGUCGACUCUACUAUUCUAUCCAGAGAACAGGCGCACAUCAAGUCCAACCUCCAGUCCAAUGCCACAUUUACAACAACUACACAGAACCCUGUUGUGGCAACACAACAUAUAUGGGUAGUGACUGGACCUGCGGGAUGCGGAAAAAGCACAGUGGGCCAAGCCCUACACCAAAAGCUCGGAGUACCAUUCUUAGAAGGCGAUGAUUUCCAUCCCAUAUCUAAUAAGGAAAAAAUGAGCAAUGGCAACCCCCUUACUGACGAAGAUCGAUGGGAUUGGCUUAUAUCUCUACGCAACGCCGCUAUUGAGGCGUUGUCACCCUCUGAAUCUAAUAACUUUCACCCACCUGCCGGUGUGGUUGUAUCUUGCUCGGCUCUAAAGCGCAAGUACCGUGAUGUUAUACGUGUUGCUGCCUACGGUUCUCCAUCCGUUCAGAUCCAUUUUAUAUACCUCAAGCUCACCGAAGCUGAGCUCCUACGGCGUGUCAGCCAGCGCCAAUCACACUAUAUGAAAAGCGAUAUGGUUCGCUCUCAGAUUACGGCGCUGGAGGAGCCUCAGAGCGAGUGGGAUGCUAUCACUAUCAAUGUGGAGAACUCACAGGAACACGUGAAGCAGCAAGUAUUCGAUGCUGUUGCUGCGAAGAUUGCCGAGGCUUCAUACAAGGCAUAA